AUGCGCUGUAAGCUGUUCGUUGUCGUUCAAAGCCUCGCCGUGUCUGCUCCUGUGUUAUCUUUUGCCUCCACUCUGAAGAACAGGAAUUUGCCCGAUUGGUCAGCCAGUGAAAAGCCAUACAAAUGUGAUCAUUGUGAUCGUCGUUUUAUGCAACAAAGUCACUUGGUGGGUCAUCUACGCAGUCACACAGGAGACCGUCCAUACAAGUGUGGGUUUUGUCAGCGGGGCUUCUUCACAGCAUCACACUUGACACAACACAGCAAGAUCCAUACGUGCGAAAAAUCUUUCAAAUGUGACGUCUGCAGUCAGUUUUUCUCACAGUAUGAGACACUGGCAGAACACAUGCAGAUACACUCUAAACCACGGCCAUUCAAGUGUGACUUUUGCGAAAAGGGAUUCACAUCUUCAUCCAACCUUACCAAGCAUAAAAGGAUCCACACAAAACCAUGCAAAUGCCCCGUUUGUAACAAAGGGUUUGUCCGUAAUUCUGAGGUAGCCAGGCACAUGCGAACCCAUACAAAUGAAAAUGCAUCAGAGCCAAUGCCACCUGCCAUUGGAACUGCAUUUACACUGGAGAAUGAUUUCUUACAGUCAUAUAAUCAGGUAGAAAACACACAUCUGGUACCUGAAAUGUCUGACCUGGAUAUACCUGGUGAUACUGCUGCUGCAGCUACAGUCACAAAUUCAGAUAAUGGCAAAUGUUUGCCAUUGGACCAUAUGCAGCAUCUAGACCUAAGUCGGACACUGAUACCCCUCAGCUACCAUUUGGUUCCUUAA